UAAGGACAAAACUGGAUGUUCUCCAAACUGGUAGUAACAGUUUUUGUUAAGCUCCAAGAACAUAUUUCCAGUUUAACGAAAAAAAAAAUCACACAUCAAAUUGACAUCUCCAAAAUGAAUUGGCAAAGAUUCAAAUCGAUCCCUGUAUUUAGCGUGUUUUUAUUAAUGGGUUUUGUUUAUUACGCCACACUCUUCAUUUUCAUAGAGGAUUGGGUUGGACUGCAGAGCUCAGCUGGAAUUUUGAAUGCUUUGAUUUUUACUUUCAUGGCUUUUUUAUGUCUUUUUUCUUUAUUUGUUUGUGUUCUCCCUGACCCUGGUCAUGUUCCUUCUUCUUAUGUCCCUGACGUUGAAGUAAAUAAUCAAAAUAAUGGAUUGAAAAAGCAGCAGUGUGAAAAGUGUUGCACGUAUAAGCCUCCCAGGGCUCAUCAUUGCCGAAGUUGUAGAAGGUGUGUUUUGAGGAUGGAUCAUCAUUGUCUAUGGAUAAAUAAUUGUGUUGGUUAUAGGAACUAUAAAGCUUUUUUCAUACUGAUCCUUUUUGCAACUGCAGCAAGUAUUUACUCUACGGUCAUGAUCAUCAGCAGUGUGUUUCACAAAAACCGGGAUUUUGGCAGAAUUUUUUACUUGAAGAUUUUUUAUAUUGUUUCGGGCGCUAUGAUGAUAGGCUUAAGUGCAACACUCGGGACUCUCUUGGGUUGGCAUAUCUACCUUAUCACCCAUAACAUGACAACCAUAGAGUAUUAUGAAGGAAUCGGUGCAGCAUGGCUGGCUAGGAAAUCUGGGCAAAGUUAUCGACAUCAAUUCGACCUUACUACUUACAAGAAUAUCACCUCGGUGUUAGGUCCAAACAUGCUCAAAUGGUUAUGUCCCACAGCAAUAAGCCAUCUCAAAGAUGGAACCAACUUUCCUACAUCUCAUGAUAGUUAAUAUACAGUUUUCCUGCUAACAAAGGCUCAUUUCGCCUCCUGGAGUUGGCGUAAAAAGUUCAUGAUUAUGGACAAAAACACCUUAAGUUGAUUAAUUUGGCUCAUUUUACUCCUUAGCUGAGGUGGUAGAAAAUGAUCGGAGCAUAAUUCAUAAAUUGGAGUUGAGGUAGCAACCUUUGUUGAUUUUCCUGCUGACGCUCAGCAGCCGGAUUGCUUCAGCUUCAGCGAGUAUUCUAAGGGUUACAUAGUAAGUUUUUCAAGCUCUCCCUUUCUUUAGCUGUUUAGUUGAGUGAUACCUUUGCUGAAAUGUUACAUGAGAGAUGUAGAAAUUGUAACUUCGAUUUUGCUUGCAACUUUUAGGUAAAAAUAAAUAGAAAAAUUUGUAACUUUGAUUUUGCUUGCAUAUAAGUUUCUUGUACAUCUUCGAAAACACAUGGAGAAGAGACGAAAACGGACAUCUCCGCUUAACUAAGAAGGUCAAUUUGAUUUAUUUUCUUUUA